AUGAAGGGUAUCGUUGCAUUCUUGUUGUCGUUCUGGAUUGCCGUCAUCCCUGUCGUCCGAUGCGUCGACGAAGUUGUGGAUUGUCCCUCGCACGAUUAUUUCUAUGUUUCACCAAUGCAUCACGAUACGGCGUGUGAUCUUGCAGGACAAAACCAGUAUAAGAAAUCCUUGGAUCGGCGAGCCAUUUGGCAACGCCUCCACGAGUCUGGUACGCAAAAUGUACCCACUCAAAGGACGUCUUUCUGUCCCGAAACAGUCCAGCCCCUCAUGGACUCGGACAAGUUCCAAGAAGGGUUCAAUACAGCAUGGAUUGUUGAGAAUACAGCCACGGUUCCAGUGGUGGUAGCCUUUGUGAUGGAACGCCCCGAUGGGACCAGGAUAGAAGUCUCGGCCAUGAACCACAAGAUUGCACCUCCCAAUCAUGACCCCAAGGCAAUUUUGAAACCGGGAGAGUGGAAGGCGGUUCAGACAUACGAAGGACACGUUUUCCACGUUCGCGAGCUCCUCCAAGACGGUUCCCAGGGCAUGGUCUUGCUGCAGCAUCGCGUGGGCAUGAUACCCAUCACCAACAAGUACGGCCACGAGCUCCAUUGCAAUCCGUCAGAACCCGACGAGGAACCCGUCGUUGUUCAGCAAGAUGCGGGCGCGGUGCGGGAUCCUGAUUUUGCUCGCAAGGCACCACCUGCCUCACAGCCGUGCAACAUUGUGGAUGUUGGCUUUCGCAAUCAUGUUGGGUGCCCCGUGAAUGGAUACUAUACAGGUCACUUUCUCACACGAGGACUUGUCGAACCACGCGGCAAUGUGACCAAGUGGAAAGAAUCACUGGCCCGAAAGCCAAAGUCCUGUCACGAAGUGUUCCAGUUCCAUUUAGGGUUGGAGGAGCAUCCCAACGACUUUCAAUGGGAUUGGGCAUCUACGAGCAAGUACGAAUCCGCCUAUAUCGGUAACAACUUUGUGUUCCGCUUGGCCAAGGAUGAACGUAUUGUGGUAGACAGCUAUUCCGUGACAACUACCAAAGUCGUUGAUUGUCCUACCCUCAAGAAACAGGUCAAUAAUGCGGUGAGUGUGCCCUACGGUGAAGCCAUUUCCACAGGAGAGCGGUCCUUUUUGAGAAACUGGGUCAAAACGUUUUAUAAUGGCACCGAUCCCUUUGCCGAGACAAUGAAUGCAUCCGAGUGGAUUGUCUCUGUGAGCAGGGUCCCAUUCAUACUGCCCGCCCCCAACGCUAUUGGCCGCCAAAACGCGUUUGCUCAAAGCGAUUUACAGUAUUGCAUGCAAACCAAUAAGGACCCGUGA